AUGACAAAGUCAAAAAGCAAUAGAUCCGGCACUAAUAACACUCAUGUUUCCUUCAUACCUUCCACCACGGCUAAUAAUACCACGCCUAAAAAAGAGCCAGAUGUUAUAGUAUUCAAUGAUAGUUGUCUUAAAAAAGCAUCAAAGAGUGGCUCAAAUAUUAUUGAAUGGAAAUCAUUUAUGAUUUCUAAAAUGAAUGAAAAAACCCAAAUAUCAUCGGCACCUAAAGUUAUUAAAGAAUUAGAAGAGGAGAGGAUAAAUAAAAAGAAUGAUAAAGAAUUGGAGGAAUUAUUAAAAACCACUAAAUUAUUAGAGAAAUAUACCGCCGAACAGUUAACAGGAAAAGAUCGUAGGAAAUAUAACGAACGAAAAAUGUUUGAAUUGGGCGCCAAGCCAAAGAAAGGUAUGAAAAUUCCAACGCCAAUUUCUUUAGGAAUUCAAUCAAAACGACAAGAGAGAGAUCAACAAGAGCUCGAAGAGGCAAAAAAUCUUGGACUUUAUCAUCAAUCGAUAAAACAUAAAUGGGCAUCAUCAUCAUCAAAGCCACCACAAGUGCGAGAUAAAGGUAUCGGGAUGGGUAUAGGAAAAGUUAAAAAUGGAAUGUUAAUGCUAAGUUCUAAAGAUAUUAAGCGUGUGCAAAAUAGCGCAAGUGACCGUAAAAGUAGUAAUAGGGGUGGAUUAAAGAAACAUGGUGGAGGUAUUAAAAAGAAAAGGAAUAAACCCAAAAAACGAAAUAAAUGA